AUGCGACAUGCUGAUCCAACGGUGGGCAGUGUAAGUCAAAGCACAGUCUGUGAGGUGAGCCUGCCGGAGCUUAAUUGUGACAUGACCGCCUGGCAGCACACCACCGAGCUCUUCACUGGACAGAGAAAGAGCUUCGCUUCGACGACGUUCUCAUGUUGCGGCAUUUCACAAGAUAGUAUAUAUGGUGGUUUUGUUAUUUCAGUUCAAAAUACGAUACCUCCACCUGAAUUUGCAGAUGAGUUCAUUGUGGGGAGCUCGAAAGAUGAUGCAGAAGCUGACGAGCAACCUCUGGACCUGAAGCCAUUGAAAUCACUGUCGCCGAUGUUCCCUACACCUCCAGGGUAUGAUGUAUCAAGUGUAUCAGCCGAUCCACCAGUAGUCUACAUCACACCUAUAUUCAGGUCCUGCUCCUCAUCAGAACAUCCUAGGCCAGAUCCUGCAUCAUCUGCUCAGGAAUCACCGGUAUCCACAAAUCCUCUGAAUGUCACACCAAUCUCAGCGAAAUUCCCCACGCCGCGACAUAAACCGGCAUCCACAAUUCCUCUGAAGGUCACACCAAUCUCGGUGAAAUUCCCCACGCAGCGACAUGAAGACGAAUCAUCAGAUGAAGGAUCGGAUGAAGAUUACAAUCCCUGUUACAACAAGAGAAAACCACCUUCACUGAAGAGGGCAACCAAGAAGGCUCGGCGAGCUGCAGACUCCAAUGCAACUGACAUCAAGCAGAGACCAGUAAGGAGGAGCCUCAGCAAGGAGCUUGUCUGCUGGCGCUCCUCGUCAAAAAGCCCAAGGGAGUUAGUUGAAGCGACAAUGAACAUGUUUGAUUCGCUCCGGCGCUGUACGCUGCAGUUAGCUGACAAUGAGGAUAGUAGCAAGCGUGCCGACUUGAAGGCUAGUGUUCUCAUGAAUCAAAACAACCUGAGGAUCAAUGACAUGAAGAUAAUAGGGCCUGUCCCGGGUGUUGAAAUUGGAGAUAUUUUCUUCUACAGGAUGGAAAUGAACAUUUUGGGUUUGCAUGUGCCAAUAAUGGGUGGCGUCGAUUACCUGCCAGCUACACAAGUUGGGAAAGAUGGGAGUCUUGCCGUGAACAUUAUCUCAUCUGGUGGAUACGAGAAUGAUGAAAAUGACACGGAUAUUCUGGUGUACACAGGCCACGGCGGCAAUAGCCGGUACAAGAAGCAUGACCAGAAGCUUGUGAGAGGAAACCUUGCUCUCAAGAACAGUGCCAAGAAGAAGAAUCAAAUCAGGGUUGUGCGCGGUGUGGAUGAUCCAUUCAUUAACUCGGGCAAGGUUUAUAUAUAUGAUGGGAUUUACCGCAUCGAAGAUUCUUGGAUGGACACCGCGGCGAAUGGUUUCAGUGUUUUCAAGUACAAGCUUAGGAGGGAGCCAGGCCAACCUGAUGGAAUUUCAGUUUGGAAGAUGACAGAGAAGUGGAAAGCAAAUCCUGCCACAAGAGAAAAAGCCAUAACGUUGGAUUUAUCAUCGGAGGUUGAGAACCUACCUGUCUGCCUUGUCAAUGACGUCGGUGACGAAAAGAGACCGAGCCACUUUGAAUAUGUCACUGGAGUGAAGUAUUUGAGAUCUCUUAGUAGGAACAAGCCAGUGCAGAGCUGCAAAUGCCCUAGCAUGUGCUUGCCAGGUGACACUAACUGUUCAUGUGUGCAACAGAAUGGUGGUGAUCUUCCUUACAGCUCAUCCGGGGUGCUUGCGAAGCAUGUUCCGAUGCUUUAUGAGUGCUCUUCUGAUUGUCAUUGUUCUCAAGAAUGUCGAAACAGGGUCGCGCAGAAAGGGGUUAAACUAAACUUGGAGGUUUUCUCGACUGGAGACCGUGGAUGGGGUCUCCGAUCAUGGGACCCAAUCCGUGCUGGUACGUUCAUUUGCGAGUAUGCUGGUGAAGUGAUUGAUGAAACCAACAUGAACACGAAUAUUGAGGAAGAUGACUACAUCUUUCGCCCGUCAUUUCCCAACGAUAAGGUUUUAAGAUAUAAUCUAGGUGCAGAAUUAUUUGAAGAAGCGAGUACUGAUGCCACAGCCGAGAACUUCAAGCAAUUCCCUAUCGUGAUAAAUGCAAAAGAGGCAGGGAACGUAGCUCGUUUUAUCAACCAUAGCUGCUCCCCGAAUCUCCUUUGGCAGGCUGUGCAGUAUGACCAUGGGGAUGAUAAUUAUCCACAUAUCAUGUUCUUCGCGAUGAAACAUAUUCCUCCCAUGACUGAACUAACCUAUGAUUAUGGUGUAAGAGGGGCUCCUCCUGGCUUUAAGGGCAAAUUUCCCCAAGCUUGCAAGCUCAGGGCAUGCCUCUGCGGAUCUACAAAGUGCCGAGGUUUUGUGGUCAUGUUUAACAAGUAUGUGUCUUCUCUGACUCUAGUCACCAAGUGUUAUUACGCUGCUCUAUGGUAUAUCGUGUUGGUCUAG